AUGAUUAAACAACAGCAACCACAGCAACUUAAGGCGCAAAGCACCCAGGUCCUUCAGACCAUUACAUACGCCAUAUAUGCAUAUAAUUCAAAGACGGCAGAACAAACGCAAAGGUUGAAAUAUGGAGAUUUGGAGAUAGUAUUGAAAAAUGAACAUUUCGAAUUCGUUUGCAAAGGUGGUGCAGUGAUAUCAAAUAUAAAAGAAAUUUUAUUUAUGAAUUCAAAAAUUAAAGGAAUAACGGAUGAUAUAACAUCAAUUCCACCAGAAGAACAGAGAUAUUACGCAUUAAAUGCAUUUCCUAAAGUUUUGAAGAUUGGAAGAUUUAAUUUAAAUGAGGAAUUCAUAGAGGGUUUCCUAAAUGACAUAAUGAAGAAGGCGGAUAAAACAUAUGUUAACGAUGAGUUAGAGAAGAAGGCAAAUUUGGUUUAUGUUGAUGAAAAAGAUAAUGAAAUUAAAGAAAGGGUUGAAUGGUAUCAUGAAUGGACAUCAAAGAUUUUAAAAACUAAAGCCGAUACAGGAUGGGUUUCAGGAUGUUUAGACCUUAAAGCGGAUAAAACAUAUGUUAACGAUGAGUUAGAGAAGAAGGCGGAUAAAACAUAUGUUAACGAAAUAUACCAAAGUUUGAUAGGAACAAAAAAUAUUGAAACUAUUGUUGGUGACUUUUCUGUCAAUGAAGAAAAUAAAUAUUUUAGAUGGCAGUUUGUACACUCCUUAAAAAAUGGUACACAGUGUAAACUCAUUCCGAAAAAUAACAAUGAAAUGUAUGUAAGCUAUAAAAAGAAUGAUGGUACACAAGUUAAAGUUCCAUUAGACAACAACUGCUACUUAAACUUAUAUGGAGACGAACAAAAGAAAUAUUUAAGAGUUUAUGAAAUGGCAGAUAUGACAUUGCCUGACCCAGCUCCAGCACCAUAUUAUUAUGACUAUGGAGAUGACGAGAGAACACCACGUGUAGAU